AUGACUGCCAUGCCUACCAAGCCCUUGAAAAAAGUUGCCAUUGUCGGAGUAAGUCCCGUGAACUGUCCACUAUCAUUCAUUGCAAGUAAAGACCUCCGGACUGACAUCUCUAAGGCUACUGGCAGAAUCGGGGGUGCAUUUGCUGAAGCCCUUCUCAAAACUGGCCAACACACGGUCACAGCCCUUACCCGACAAGACAGUGAAGCCAAAGCCCCCGAGGGGUCCAAAGUCGUACGAGUUAACUACAACGACGAGACGUCGCUGAUCAAGGCACUCGAAGGCCAGCAAUUCCUCGUCAUCACCCUCUCGGUUCGGGCCCCAGAAGAUCUCCAUGGAAGGAUAGUUUCAGCUGCGGUGAAAGCUGGUGUCCCGUAUAUCAUGCCAAACGCCUUUGGAUCGCCCCUUAGCCCCGAAGACGCCGAGCAGGACGAGGGAAUGGGCAAAAUCUUCACCGAAAGGGCCCGAGAGGCCCAAAGCGAGACAUCAUCUUCAAUCACCAUGCCUUGUGGCUUCUGGUAUGAGUGGAGCUUGGCACUUGGAGAGCAAUGGUUCGGAUUCACGAUCAAAGACCGCAAAGUGACUUUCUUCGACGAUGGCAAGAAAGUUAUGACCGUCAGCACAUGGGAUCAAUGUGGCCGAGCUCUGGCCAGCUUACUGAGCCUUCCAGAGUCAGGAUCCACUCGAUCACUUGCCCAGUUCAAGAAUAAACAGGUCUUGAUCAAGAGUUUCCGGGUCUCCCAGCGUGAUAUGCUUGAUAGCUUGCAUCGCGUUCUGAAGACUAGUGACGCCGACUGGGAAAUUACCUAUGAGCCAGUUGAAAAGCGCAUUGCCGAUGGAGUGGCAGAGAUGGCCCAGGGUAAAUUGACUGGAUUCGCCAAAAAGCUCUAUGGAGCUGGGUUCUUGUCCACCAAUAAACAAAGCGAUUUUGCCGCCCAUAUGGAAGUGGCAAAUGGAGUCCUAGGACUGCCCGAAGAGAAUUUGGAUGAAGCGACUCGGAGGGCAGUAAAGAUGCUAGAGAGCGGUUGGAAUCCUUUUCCAGGAGAAGCUUUGGCUUAA